UCCCUUGUAUGCAGAUGUCACUAUAAAAAGAUGCAAAGCGAUGAUGAGAUUUGUCAUUCACUAAGACAAGGUCAGAAGGUAAUCAUCUUAAAAUAAAAAAAGAUUCUUCUGUUCUCCAGUGAAAAUGGUGCAGUAUAUCGUGACCGUGUACACAGGCCGCCGUUUACUCGCUAAUACAGUCAACAGUGCUUACAUUAAACUGGUGGGCACAGAGGGGGAAAGUCACCGCAAACUGCUCAAUAAUGAAGAUUUUGCAUCCUUCCGCGUAGGAUGGCCAUCUACAUUUGUUGUGACCUCCCAUAAGCCACUUGGAAAACUGGUACUGAUAGAACUAGAGAAACGCCAUCUUAUUUUUGGAGACCCUUGGCUUGUUGACAAGGUGGAAGUGCAGUCCACUGAAGGAGAAACCUACAAGUUUCCCAUCUACAGCUGGCUCAGUGACAGCUUUGUCCAUCGAUUCAGAGAGGGAACAGCUCUGAGAGACUGUGAUGAUGACCAUCUUCUUGGCAAGUACUCCAGGCAGCAGGAGCUGAGAGAACAAAACCAGACAUAUCAAUGGAAUGAAGACAGUAUUCCCCACUGCAUGCAAGCAGAAAAUCCAAUAAAUCCUUUGUCUCUGCCUCGUGACGACCAGUUCUCCUUUACUAAGGGUGCAGAAUUUCUCUCCACAGCAGCUGCUGGGCUGGCAGAGCUGAAACUGACUGGACUGGAAGAUUGCAAAGAGAACUGGGAGUCAAUUGAUGAUAUUAAGAAAGUGUUUCCCAAGAGACAAACUGAAUUGUCAGAGUACACCCAGGAUCACUGGGAGGAGGAUGAUUUUUUCGGCUACCAGUACCUAAAUGGAGUUAACCCCAUGAUGAUUGAACUCUGCACAGUCCUACCAGACAACUUCCCUGUCACUUCUUGCAUGGUCUUCCCUGAUGGUAAAACUACCUUGGACAAGGAAAUGAAGAACGGCAACAUCUUCCUGGUCAACUACAAGAAUUUGGAUGGAAUACCGGCCAAUGUCAUCAAUGGGAAGCAGCAGUAUCUGAUGGCUCCUCUGGUCCUCCUCCACAAAACACCUGAAAACAAACUGAUGCCAAUUGCCAUUCAGCUGAAGCAGUGUCCAGCUACAGACAACCCAAUCUUUCUUCCUACUGAUGAUAAGUACGACUGGAUGUUGGCCAAGCUUUUUGUGAGAAGUGCAGAUUUCAGUGAACAUCAGCUCAACUAUCACCUGCUGCGUACUCACCUGCUGGCUGAAGUUUUUACGAUGGCAAUGCUGCGUAACCUGCCCAUGGUGCAUCCUCUGUACAAGCUCCUCAGUCCUCACACUCGCUACACCCUGCAGAUCAACUUCUUAGCUCGAAUUCGCCUUAUAUCCCCACAAGGGGUUUUCACACAGUUCUCAGCCUCUGGUGGAAAGGGUAUGUUUCUAUUCCUGGCCAAGUCACUGUCCUCCAUUACCUACGACUCCCUCUGCAUCAAAAAUGACAUUGCUCAGCGAGGGAUGCAGAAGGUUACCGACUUCUACUACAGGGAUGAUGGAUGUGAGCUCUGGGAUAUCCUUGAAAGGUUUGUGAAUGACCUGCUUAGACACUACUACAGCACGGAUGCUGAGGUCAUGCAAGACUCUGAACUGCAGAACUGGAUUCAGGACAUUUAUGAACAUGGAUUCUUUUCCCGAGAAAGCACAGGAAUUCCUCAGAGAUUUACCACUGUGGCUGAGUUGGUCAAGUUUGUCACCAUGGCCAUUUUUACUUCUUCCUGUCAGCAUGCAGCUGUGAAUGGUGGACAGUAUGACUACGGUGGCUGGAUGCCCAACACUCCCAUCACCCUGCAACUUCCUCCACCCACCAUUAAGGGGAAAGCCGAUAAGGACACGGUACUGAAGACCCUCCCUGAUGUCAACGCAACUGCACAGGGCAUGGCUACAGUUUGGCUUCUCAGCAAACAGUCCUCUGACUUUGUCCCUCUUGGCCAAUACCCAGAGGAACAUUUCACUGAGGAGAAACCCAGACAGAUGAUCAAGAAAUUUCAGAGCGAGCUUCACGCACUAAGUGUAAAGAUCAACGAAAGAAAUGAGAAGUUGGAAAUUCCAUACACAUACUUGGAUCCAAAGAAAGUAGAAAACAGUGUGGCCAUUUAAACCUGAAAUGAUGCAGCUAUAAAGAUGGAGAAGAAUAUCACAAAGCCAUCCAUCUUACAAUAAACAACCUGCUUACUAAAUCCUUCUUGGUUUAAUGUUUGCCAUUUUAAAUAUUCUCAGUUUUUGCUGAAAUCUUAGGUAGUUGCUUAAGAAUGUGUUUUUGUCAGAAAGGCUGGUAAAAUGACUUGAUGUGAAUAGAGUACAAAAUGAAUAUCACUGAAAUGUAUCAGCUAUACACAUCCUGGAGAAAAAAUUGUCUUAAAAUAUUCUUCUGCAUCUGGGUUGAGCCUUCUGUUAUCCAUACUACAGUCUAAUACCUCUGUGUUGGCACAUGUAAUGUUUUUGGCUAUUGUAAACAAUAGGAGGAAUACUAUUACAAAAGACAAUGGCAUUGUCUGCAUACAGUCUGAUUUUUCGGUUAUGUUGCUCUGCACAACAAGUCACUGUAACUGCAACUGUUCAUUCAGAUAUGUCAGAAUGAACAUAUUUUUGGUUUAGAAAUGCUUUUUUGGUAAAUGACGUAACUUUAAACAUACAUUAGCAAAACCUCACCCUACUUGCUCCCCCCCUUUAAAAAAAAAAACAUGGCUGUACACUCCAAAGUAAGUGAUAUGCACAGAUGUGAAUCGAGGGCUUGUUCUUAUUCUGCAGAAACAAAUGUCAGGCAGAUAUUACUGACAGGUAAUUCUCAGGUUUUGCUCAUUUUAUCUGAAUAUGUGCAUUCUGAUCAAUAAUUUCCAGUGUUUUGUUUUCAGCAAUUCUUAAUUGGUUCAGUUAAUUUUUUGUUCUAAUGAGAAAAAAGAAAUCACCCUCUUUAGAUUUGGAUGGUGGGAUUGACUCAUCAAAUAAUGCAGAUAUUUUGCCUCUGAAGUCUGUCUUGAAUUUCAUUUUUCCUGAAUUUCUGCUUUUUUGUUUUCAGUUGUUUAUUGUUUAAUGCAGAAAUCAAGAAUGCCAUGAGUUAUUUUACUAAAGUUUACUAAUAAUAAAAUGCAAAAUACUAUGAUAGUACAAUAUAACUCACAAUCCUGGCAGUUAAUACCCAAGAAACCAGUGGCGGCUGCUCGUCUUUCAGAGAGGGGAAGCUCAUUGUCGGCUUACAUAAGAAAAAAAAAGUCAAGUUAUUUAAACAUAAAUUCGGCCCUCCAUUCCUUUUUAAGAAAAUGGUC